UUUAUGAUUACCCACCCAUACAAUAUAUUUUAAUUGUACUUAUUGCAAUAUAGGUAUAGAAAUGAGCUCUCUUUUGGAAAUAAUUUGUAUGGCUGAAGCUGCUGGUGAACUUGUAGAACCAGCACAUAAGCACAGAAGAUAUUGGGUCCAUCCUAUACAUAGUAGUAGAGAACACGACAUGCGAUUCCAAGUAUUUUAUGAUAAUUUAAAAAAAUAUCCUGAGAAGUUUUUUGACUAUUACCGGAUGUCAAUUUUCUCGUUUGAAGAACUACUCAAAAAAGUCCGACCAAAUUUAACAAAGGGAAUUACGCACCUUCGAAAUCCUAUAAGUCCGGAAGAAAGGUUGACGGUAACUUUGAGAUACUUAUCAACUGGGACGCAUUUUGCUGCAUGUUGUGUUCUCCAUAAUUUUGUUCGGAAGAGAGACGGAUAUAAUUAUGAUGAAGAACCUGAUGUGCAUAAUUUGGAUAAUUUGACAACACAUGGAAGAAAUGUUAACAGAAGUGGAAUAGACGUAAGAGACAAUUUCGCUGAUUAUUUUAUGGCUGAUGGAGCGGUACCUUUCCAAUACAGAAUGCUUUAGAAAAACGCACAUAUAUAUUAUAUUUAAUUUAAUAUAUUACAACUUAUUAUUUUUUUAUACUUAUAAGAUCACUAU